AUGGCUCGUGUCGUGCGACUGAUCCUCUUGCUGCUGCUUACUUUCCUUUGCGAUGCGAAGAAAAAGCCGCAGCCAGAGGAUAUUAUCGAAGAAGUCGACGGCAAGAAAUUAGAAAAACUUAUAGAGAAGGAAGAAUAUUUAGCGGUAUUUUUCUAUACCAAAAUUUGUAAAAACUGUGAUAAAGUAUUAGCAGAAUUGGAAAACAUUGAUGAUGAUGCAGAAAAUGUUGGAAUAGGAUUUGUAAAAAAUUCAGAGAAAGCUACAGCAAAAAAAUAUGGAGUUACAUCAUUUCCUACCCUUGUAUACUUUAGGAAUAAACAUCCAACAGUAUAUGAUGGUCAGUGCACACACCAUUCCAUGGACAACUUGAUACUGCUGAUACCAUCUCGCCAGUUAGCAGAACAUCAGACCCAGAUUCUAGUUUCAGAAGCAACCAAGGCAGGCUUCAUUAUCAGACUUGAGAAAUCUAUUCUCACCCCACCAAUAUAUAUCAUCGGUCUGAGUAUCUUUUUCAACACGUAUCUCAGUUGGGCUCAACAGACUACCAUUCCGCUCCAAGCUAUGGAACAAGCAGUCUGA